ACCGGACCCACCUGCGGCUCCGCAGCGGCAGCGCCCCGAUCCCUCCGGCACCGCACCGGCAGCCAUGGGGCUGCGGAGGGGCUGCUCGGCCCCGCUCUGCCACCUCCUCCUCCUCCUCUUGCUCCAGGUGGGUCGCUGGCUGUGUGAGCAGGCACCAUUGUGCCAGCCCGGCUUCACCACAGAGACCUUCACCCUCAGCGUGCCAAGGGACAGUGUGGCGGCAGGACGGGCACUGGGACGAGUGAGCUUUGCAGAGUGUGGCGAGAAGCGGCGUGCCGCGUACCUGUCGGACGACACACGCUUCAGGGUGAGCAGGGAUGGCGUGGUCUCUGCCACCCGGCCCCUGCUGCUCCAGCACCGGGAGGUCAGCUUCAACGUCCACACCUGGGAUGCUGCUGGAAAGAAGCACUUGGCCAGGGUGACCCUGCACAGGAGGCUGCACCAUCGCCACCACCAGCAGCAGCAGGAUGUGGAACCUGAGGUGCUGACCUUCCCUGAGCAUGGCCAUGGCCUCCGACGUCAGAAGAGGGACUGGGUCAUCCCUCCCAUCAACUGCCCUGAGAAUGAACGGGGUCCCUUCCCCAAGAAGCUGGUACAGAUCAAGUCCAACAAGGACAAGGACACCACGGUUUUCUACAGCAUCACAGGGCAAGGGGCAGACACUCCCCCCGUGGGUGUCUUCACCAUCGAGCGGGAGACGGGCUGGCUGGAGGUGACAAAGCCGCUGGACCGUGAGGAGAAAGAUAAAUACAUUCUCUUCUCCCACGCCGUGUCAGCCAACGGGCAGUCCGUGGAGGACCCCAUGGAGAUCAUCAUCACUGUGACAGACCAGAAUGACAACCGUCCCGUCUUCACCAAGCGAGUCUUUGUUGGCUACAUUGAGGAGAAUGCCAAACCAGGCACAUCCGUGAUGACCGUGAAUGCCACGGACGCAGACGAUGCGAUCAACGUGAACAACGGCAUCAUUGGUUACUCCAUCCUGAGUGAGGAGCCCAGGAGUGCCCAGCGGAUGUUCACCAUCAACCCCGAGCAGGGCAUUAUCAGCGUCAUUGGCACGGGGCUGGACCGGGAGACCACUCCCAACUACACGCUGAUCAUCCAGGCUGCAGACCAGGAGGGCACUGGCCUGACCAACACCGCCACAGCCAUCGUGGAAGUCACAGAUGCCAAUGACAACCCUCCCAUCUUUGACCCCACCAUGUACGAGGGGACAGUGAAGGAGAAUGAGGUGGGAGCAUUGGUGACACGGCUGUACGUGACAGACCAGGACAUGCCGGGCUCCCCGGACUGGCAAGCCGUCUACCGCAUCAGAAGCGACCCCGACGGCGCCUUCAGCAUCUCCACUGACCCCAAAACCAAUGACGGCAUCUUGAAAACAGCCAAGGGCCUGGAUUAUGAGAGCAAGAGCCGCUACAACCUGGUGGUGGUGGUGGAGAACACCGUCCCCUUUGCCGUGCCCCUGGCGACCUCCUCGGCCAGCGUCCUGGUGGUGGUCACGGAUGAAAACGAAGCCCCCAUCUUCGUUCCCCCGGUUAAGAGUGUGGAGGCGAUGGAGGACCUGCCGGUGGGCCACCAGGUCACCUCCUACACGGCUCAGGACCCCGACAGGGACCAGAGGCAGAAAAUCACGUACCACAUGGGCAACAACCCUGCGAAGUGGCUGGCCAUUGACCCCGAGAACGGCAUCGUCACGGUGGCCCAGCCGCUGGACCGGGAGUCGCUGCACGCCAUCAACAGCACCUACAAGGCCACCAUCCUGGCUGUGGACAAUGGGCUUGUGCCUGCCACCGGCACGGGGACGCUGCUCCUCCAGCUCCUGGACGUGAAUGACAACGCGCCCACGGUGGAGCCCCGGUCCUUCGAUAUCUGCAACCGGGAGCCCGAAGAGCAGAUUCUGACCAUCAUUGACAAGGACCUGCCCCCCAAUACCUACCCCUUCCAGGCAGAGCUGAUGUUCAGCUCCAUCAGUAACUGGUCCAGCAAGGUGAUCAAACAAGACCAGCUGGUGCUGAGGCUGAUGAAGCGGCUGGAGCCAGGGGAGCACAGCAUCUUCCUGAAGCUGACGGACGCGCAGGGCAAAACUCAGACAAUGACAGUCAAAGCCCAAGUGUGUGACUGUGAAGGUCCGGCCAAAAACUGCGAGCGGAGAGCAUACAUCGCCAGCGGGCUGGGUGUCCCGGCCAUCCUGGGCAUCCUGGGGGGCAUCCUGGCACUGCUGAUCCUGCUCUUGCUGCUGCUGCUCUUUGCCCGGCGGAGGAAGGUGGUGAAGGAGCCGCUGCUCCCGCCCGAGGAUGACAUGCGGGACAAUGUCUACCACUACGAUGAGGAGGGUGGUGGUGAGGAGGAUCAGGACUAUGACCUGAGCCAGCUCCACCGGGGCCUGGAUGCCCGCCCUGAGGUGAUCCGCAAUGAUGUGGCACCCCCUCUGAUCGCCACCUCCCAGUACCGUCCCCGGCCCGCCAACCCUGAUGAGAUUGGAAACUUCAUUGAUGAGAACCUGAAGGUGGCCGACACAGACCCCACAGCUCCCCCCUAUGACUCUCUGCUGGUGUUCGACUACGAGGGCAGCGGCUCAGAGGCCACCUCACUCAGCUCCCUCAACUCCUCCACCUCUGACCGUGACCAGGACUAUGACUACCUCAACGACUGGGGCAGCCGCUUCAAGAAGCUGGCAGACCUCUACGGGGGGGGGGAGGAAGAUGACUAGGACUCUCCCAGCCCCCCGGCUGGUGGCUGCCCACCUUGGCAGCUUCUCCUCAUUUCACCCCACCGGACUCAAGUUGGCUUUUGCCAAACCCUCCUCUGACACCCCCUCAGCCUGGUGUCCACAUCCCCCACAUUCAGCACAGGGGGCUCUUGGGGUCGCCAGGGCUGAGGGGGUGAUUUCUGGGGAGACUGUGUGUUUUCUGGACCCCUUGGCUCCAGGCAGGGCAUGGAGCCAUCUGUUCCCCAUCCUGGAGCUGAGGCACUCCGGGCUGGAUGGGGCAGGAUUGGCUCCUCUGUCCCCACUGCCUCCCUCCCUUUGCCACAGGGGCAAAAGGGUUUCGCCGGCAUUCUCUGAAAUACCUCGUGCUUCCAGUCCUGACACAACCCCCAUGCAUGGCUCAAAACCAGUGCCAGAAAACUGGGGCAGCCCCAGCAUCACGUCUGUGCCAGAGCGGGAUGGGGUGAUCGAUAAACGCAGACCAAAGAUGUGCCG